CUGCUCGCUUUGGCUUGUCUUACUCAAAAUGCUGCUGCUUCGCUCGCCAACCAGAAAUUCAGUUGGGGUGCUUCCUCCAGCCUCGUUUCUUCCGUCCACGUUACCGUCAAGAACCAAUGCAGCAGUGCGGGUUCUUUCUUCACUCAAUUUCAAGGAAAAGCCAUCUGUUGUUCUUCCAGCACCCGUGUACCUCCAUCUGGAGGAUUAGUCUGCCCUCUUGAAUGGGACGAACACAAGACUGAGAAAUGUUGUAUCCCCAGUCAACCCGUCUGCAGUCGCGAUUGCGGUGAGGGUUAUUCGUGGUUCGAUAACGACAAGAAAUGCACGAAGCCCAGUAGCAGCUGUAGUAGUAACCAAUGGUGGCAUAUUCGUUCUUCUUCUUGCUGUGACAACUCUUGGGGUUCUUCCCCUCCCAAAGGACCUUGCCCAGGAGGUAUCUCUUGCCCUACUGGCUGGUUCUGGCACAAAGAUCACAAACAAUGUCGUCCUCUUCACCCUAGGUCUCCCGCUCCUGAUUGUGACGACUGGGAUGACCACAACCGUGAGUGUUGCGGCGGUGGCUGGGGCAAUGGAGGAGGCCAGGGUAACCACGGUGGUCACUGGAAGAAGCGUGACCUCGAGGCAAGAAGACAACAAACCCUGGACCGAUUCCCCGUCACUGAACAAGACAAGAUGUUCUGCCCCAAGGGACUGCACGCUUGCUCCAUCGUCACUCCCCACGGCGGUGAAUGGGCGUACGAAUGUGUCGACUAUGCCACCGAGCUCGAAUCCUGCGGUGGUUGCGCCGCCACUGGUGAAGGUGUGGAUUGCACAACCAUCCCUCAUGCCAUGUCUGUCGGUUGUGAAAAUGGUGUCUGUGCUGUCUACACUUGCAAACAUGGAUUCGCUCGUAAUGGUACCGCCUGCGUUGCC